UCGUUCAGUAUUUGUGUGCGUUCCGUUGCAGUGUGAUGACUUGUAGCUGUUGUUCAUAUUUUUUUUGUGGCUGGAGCUAGUUGUGUGUUUAUUCGAAAAAGCGAUGACUGAAUAGAGAGAGCGAAAGAGAGAGAGAAAGAGUCUAAAUCGACUGUGUAGAACAAACAAUUGCAAAUAACGUUGUGUCGAAUAUUUAACUCGUUCUGAUGGAUUCACGUAUUCGAUUCGAUUGGCAGCAUUUCCAUUGUCAUUCCACAUAAUUUGCAUAUUCCUUUGUGUAGUUUUCAGCUCGCUGAAACAAUUCCUGUGGUCACCGAAAUAAAAUUCAAUUAACCACUGCAAAAUUGGUUGUGUUUUUAAUUUUCGAUUCGAUUUGAACUGUGAACAAAAAAAGACAAAAGCAUAUUGAAUUUUUGUGGUCCAGCCACGGGGUAUAUGUCAAUUGAUGUGUGUUGUUGUUGUUGUUGUUGUUAUUGUGAGUUGAAAAAAAAAUCAAAUUUAUUUAUUUUCCCCGAAUGCUGAAAACAAUAAACAAGGUGUGUGUACCAAUUUGCUGUUUAUUAAUAUCAUAGGGAUACGUGUGUGCGUGUAAAAACAGCUUUUCAAUUCGACCAUUUGUUUUAACAUUCAAUCAAUAUUCCGAAUAAAAUGUUAUCCCAUAACCAAAUUUGGUGGAAUUGAUCAAGGAUACUGAAAAACAAACCAAUGGCCAAAUGACGACCAACACCGAUCGACCCAUUCAAGCGUCCAACAAACAUAUCAAUUGCUCUACAUAAUUUCGUAUGAUAUUUCGUAGGUGUGACAAGUAAUUCUGUGUUUCUUUGACGACCGCCACAAGGCGAUUUUACAAAGUCAAAAUCGUGCUACCUUCGACGAGAAGUUUGGCUUUUGGAAUUGGUCAAUUUCCUCAACUUUUUUUCUCGUGCUGGCAUCUGCAAUUGGUGAAGAAAAAGUCAAGAGAAGUUUUCGUUAAAGCAGCAUUACUUCGGGCCAUUUUGAAUUGAAAACAUCACCUAGUCGGGCAAUAUAAUAUAACAAAAAAUGCCGAGAAAACUGUUGAAAUUCUUAAUUAUAUUUGACAAUCCGUCGUUGCUUUUUUUCCCUGGACAAUUUCUUUCGGGCCGUGUAUUGCUUGAGCUGCAAGACGAUACACCAGCACUUGGAUUGCAUUUCCACGUCAUUGGAGAGGGAGUCGUUCGUGCAAAGUCCGCACGCCAAGAAAGAACCUAUGACAAGGAAAGUUACAUAGAUUUUCGCAUGAGGCUACUAGGUGACCCUGACCAAGGACCAUCAGUCCUUUCUCCAGGAAUUCAUAGUUUCCCGUUUAAAUUGGGCCUUCCACUGGGCUUGCCGUCGACAUUUCUGGGAAGAUAUGGGUGGAUUCAAUACUAUUGCAAGGCAGCAUUGCGUGAACCAUCUGGUCUCAUUCAUAAAAACCAUCAAGUUUUUAUCGUCAUGAAUCCGAUCGAUCUGAAUUUGGAGCAACCGGUUUUAGCCAAACCAUUCAAAUGUGACGUUGAGCAUCGCGUCGGUGUGUCUUGCGUUGGCGGUGGUGUUAUUAAAUGCAGUGUCACACUCGACCGUGGCGGAUUCGUACCAGGCGAGAGCAUAUUGGUGUCAGCAUUUGUGUCGAACAAAAGUAAAAUUACAAUAAAAAGUACAAAAGCGGCGCUAACCGAAACGAUAGAGUAUUUAGCACGAGGGAAAAUUGUGCAGGUGGAAAAGCGUGAAUUGGCUGUUAUUGCACGUGGCAAGAUCAGAGCUGGUAUGGCUGAUAAAUGGCAAAACGAAAGCAUCUAUGUGCCUCCACUUCCUCCAACCAAUUUGGAAGGAUGCCAUUUAAUAUCGAUCAAAUACGACAUUUUCUUUAUCAUUGAGCCCAAAUCGAUGGAAAAAGAAAUUAAAAUUCAGCUACCAAUCACAAUUGGCACCUAUCCGUUUAGAAAUAGUAGCACAGAUAUUUCAAACACAUGGCCCGAGUCAAUAUUAAAACCUGACACCCACUAUCCGUCAACGCUACCAAUAUUCCGUCCAUUCGAGAAUUAAAAAAUUAAGUUGUAUUUGAAUGGUUUGGAGCGAAAAUGUAAUACAAAAAAGUUGAGUGGAAAAAUGUCAAUGAUGAAUGAGCGGAAAAGGGAUAGCUAUAUAGUAAACUGUAUAUUAAACUAUAGUGAACUAUAUAGCUAUCCCUUUUAAUUUGACAUUUUUCCGCUCAACUUUUCUGUAUUACAUUUUCGCUCCAAACCAUUCAUUUCAUAUAUGUAUACAAUUCGAAUGGUUCAGAAUUUGAACGAAAAGGCAAUAGUUACUAAGAUUCUAUGCGAUAUAUAUCUAUAGGUGAGAUUGAGAGUAGUGUAUGUUUCACUGACUUUGUUAUGAAAGAGACGAGUAAGUUUCUUUCGACUCAAAAAUGGUUAAAGGCGAGUAUGUUCAUUUUUGGCGGGUCGUCACGGUUUUUUGCGGUUUUCGUGGAACUGAUAAGAAAUAAGAGAUAACUGUCUUCAGCUAAGUUAUAGAGGACCUCGAGUACUACAACUUUAAAGUACCGAAGACACCAUGUUGUUAUCUCUUAUCAGUUGCGCGAAAACCGUGAAAAUCGCAGAGGCUAGACGGUACGCCAACAUACUCUACUUUAACGCCAACAGAAUCAUCAAAAAACAUACUCGCCUUUUCAAAAAUAUAAAUCGAAGAAAAAACAUACUCCACUCUCAAUCUCACCCAUAGAUAUAUUCAAAUGCUUGUAGUUCGCUUACGUAGAAGCAGAUGUUUUAAUGAUUUUAGCUGAAAAAGUGCCUUCAAAAGUGUCACUGCCAGCUUUUUUAUGAAGAAAUUUCUCUUCAAUUCAAUUGACUAGUUUGUAUAUAAUCAUGUUUGAACUCUUCCAAAGAGUGAGUCAAUACAAAUUAAUGAAUACUUACAUUUUUGCCAUAAGGAUGCAGCGGCGUAUUGUCAAUUUGCUAAUAUAAUAAUAAUGAAAUGAUUGAUUCAAAAAUAAAAAAAAAUUCAGUAUUUUAAA